UCGGCCUCCCGCCCGGCCCCAGGUCCCCGCGAGCCCCGAGGCCGAUCGGGCCAUGGACUAGGGAGGAGGCGGCCUGAGAGGACGAAGAUGGCGGCGGGCAAGAGCGGCAGCGGCGCCGGGGCGAUUACUUUUCUGGAAGCUCUGGCUAGGUCAGAGUCUAGGAGAGAUGGAGGCUUUAAACAUAAUUGGAGCUUUGAUCAUGAAGAAGAAAGCGAAGGGGAUGCAGAUAAAGAUGGGACAGAACAACUUGGUAUAGAAGAUGAGAGUUCUGAAACCUCAAAAGGAAAAAAGUUAAACCGUCGAUCUGAGAUUGUUGCUACCAGCUCUAUCAAUGUCAUGUUGAAGACAUAUGGAAGAAGAAACAAGACUGAAAGUUUUAAAACUUUGAAAGGAAAUCCAAUUGGAUUUAACAUGUUGAGCAACAGUAAGAAACUAAGUGAAAAUGCACAAAAUACUUCAUUGUGUUCUGGAACUGUUGUUCAUGGCAGACGUUUUCAUCAUGCUCUUGCACAAUUGCCCACAGUAAAAACAGCAGCCCAAAGCAAUCAGGACCGAAAAGAAAGGAAAGAAUACCCAUCUCAUGUCCAAAAAGUUGAAAUUAACCCUAUAAGAUUAAAUCGACCCCAUUUUGUAGACCAAACCAUGCAGAAAGCAGAAGAGUCUGAAUCCUGCGAGGAGCCUGGAGUGAAGAGGAAAGCACAGCAGAAGCGGCCCUGCAGUGCAUACCAGCUGGCUCCUCUGUCUCCUGCCUCUAAAAGGUGUUUAACUCAUUUAGAGGUUUCUGAACAGCGUGAAUAUUGCCCAAAAUGUGGAAAAGAAAAAGAAAAUCAGACCAAAUGCCAAAGUUGUGGUAUUAUUUUUCAUAAUGAUUUGCAACGAAAUUGUGGACCAGCUGUAACUUUGAAUGAAUCUACUGAACCAUUAUUAAGAACAUCAAUUCAUCAUAAUUCUGGAGGACAGAAGUCACAACAUUCAGGAUUAGCUGCCAAGAAGUUUUAUGGUAACAGUGUGGAAAAGAUUCCAAUUGACAUUAUUGUGAAUUGUGAUGAGAGUAGACACAAUUACUUACAGACUAAUGGAAAAGUCAUUUUACCUGGGGGGAAGAUACCUAAAAUCACAAACUGGAAAGAAAGAAAAGCAAGCCUGUCCUCUCUGAAUGAUCCAAUCAUUUUGUCUAGUGACGACGAUGACGACAAUGACAGGACAAACAGAAGAGAAAGCAUAUCUCCUCAGCCUGCCGACUCUGCAUGCUCUUCCCCAGCACCAUCCACUGGAAAAGUAGAGGCAGCGCUGAAUGCAAACACCUGCAGAGCAGAGCAAGAAUUGAAAAGUAUCCCAGCAGAGUCAGAGUUAAACAUAGUUACUCUGCCCAGAAAAGCAAGAAUGAAAGACCAGUUUGGCAAUUCUAUUAUCAGCACACCUCUUAAACGUCGUAAAGUGAUUUCUCAAGAAACUUUACUUACUCCUGUGUCUCUAAACUGCCCAAAUUCCUUUGAAAGUGUCAUUUUAAACUGUCGAAGUAUACGAGUAGGAACACUCUUCAGACUAUUAGUAGAACCUGUGAUUUUUUGUUUAGAUUUUAUCAAGAUACAUCUAGAUGGACCAGAAAGUGAUCCCAUAGAGAUUAUUUUACAUACCUCUGAUCUAACUAAAUGUGAAUGGUGUAAUGUCCGGAAGUUACCAGUCGUGUUUCUUCAGGCGGUUCCAGCUGUUUAUCAGAAGCUGAGUGCGCAGCUACAGAUGACAAAGGAGGAUAAAGUCUGGAAUAACUGCAAAGGAGUGAAUAGGUCAACAAGUUUAGAAGAACAAUACAUAAUUUUAAUUUUUCAAAAUGGACUUGAUCCUCAGGCAAAUAUGGUAUUUGAAAGCAUCAUUACUGACAUUGGUAUAAAGAAUAAUGUUUCCAACUUUUUUGCAAAAAUUCUCUUUGAUGAAGCUAACAGCAGACUUGUUGCUUGUACAAGAAGCUAUGAAGAGAGCAUCAAAGGAAAUUGUCUACCAAAAGAAAGCAAGGUGUCCGUUGAAUCUAAAAUACAACUUAGAAGCAAACAAGAAUUCCAGUUUUUUGAUGAUGAGGAAGAAACAGGAGAGAGCCACACCAUCUUCAUUGGACCUGUGGAGAAAUUGAUAGUGUAUCCACCACCCCCGGCUAAGGGAGGCAUCUCUGUCACUAAUGAGGACCUGCACUGUCUAAGUGAAGGAGAAUUUUUAAAUGAUGUUAUUAUAGACUUUUAUUUGAAAUAUUUGGUGCUUGAAAAACUGAAGAAAGAAGAAGCUGACCGAAUUCAUAUAUUUAGUUCUUUUUUCUAUAAACGCCUUAAUCAGAGAGAGAGAAGAAAUCAUGAAACAACUAAUCUAUCAAUACAACAAAAAAGACAUGGGAGAGUAAAAACAUGGACCCGACAUGUAGAUAUUUUUGAGAAGGAUUUUAUUUUUGUACCCCUUAAUGAAGCUGCACACUGGUUUUUGGCUGUCGUUUGUUUCCCUGGUUUGGAAAAAGCAAAGUACGAACCUAACCCUCAUUACCAUGAACAUGCAGUCAUGCAAAAGAGUCCCACUGUAGAGGACAAUAAAGUGGACAGCAGCUGUUCACAGAACUCUCCUUCCGCCAAACCUGUCAUUAAGAAGAUGCUGAACAAAAAGCAUUGCUUAGCUGUCACUGACUCACAUGCUGGACAGGAAGAAAGUGACCCUUGUCAGAGAAACAUGUACAAUGUGAAAUGUAGUGUGAGAAACAAAAACAGUGCUGUAAGGGAAAAUGAAGAAUCAGCUAGAAGAGACUCUGCACAACAGGAAGUGGAUAGGACUAAAAGUGAGAAUGGCCUCCCGGAUGGAUGUCUAAGUUCCGUGCACCUUCCAGAUGGCUUAAGCAAAAUCAGACUAAGCUAUGGUGACCAGUCUGCUGAAGGUGGGAAAAUGCUUGAAGAUGAACUCAUUGACUUCUCAGAAGAUCAGGACGACCAGGAUGAUAGCAGUGAUGAUGGACUCCUUGCGGACGAGAACUGCAAUUCAGAAAUAGGGCAAUGGCAUUUAAAACCUACUGUCUGUAAACAACCUUGUAUCCUACUUAUGGAUUCACUCAGAGGUCCUUCUCGUUCAAAUGUUGUCAAAAUUCUAAGAGAGUAUUUAGAAGUGGAGUGGGAAGUUAAAAAAGGAAGCAAAAGAAGUUUUUCCAAAGAUUUUAUGAAAGGCUCCAAUCCAAAAGUUCCACAACAAAACAACUUCAGUGACUGUGGCGUGUACAUACUGCAGUAUGUAGAGAGCUUUUUUGAGAAUCCAAUACUAAAUUUUGAGCUACCUAUGAAUUUGGUGAACUGGUUUCCUCCUCCCAGAAUGAAAACAAAAAGAGAAGAAAUCCGAAAUAUAAUUCUGAAGCUGCAGGAAGAGCAGAGCAAAGUGAGGAAGCAGUGUAAGGACUCAGCCUCAGCAGAAGUGGCGGACAGGGACGGGGACGGAGCAGAGCCAAGUAUUGGCAGUGGCUCCGAGUAACCAGAGACUGCUUGUCAGUUGUGCCUGGAGAAACCCUUGACUUUUCAGCUUUGAGUAGAGACAGUAAAGAGCUAAAGGGCUCACUGCUCAAACAUUUGGGAAUGUUAAUGCUGUAUAAAUGUCACAUAAUUAAUUUCCAAAGGAGUAUGUAUUAAGUAAAAGUCUGUAAAUAUGUUAAUGAGGCCAAUUUUUUCAGCAUUUAUAAUUAUUUUUUUCACUUAUAGGAAGCCUUUGUUAUGUUUUUUGUUGUUAAUAGUACUUAAACUGCAACUUCUAAACACAGAAUAAAUAAAAAAAUAUUUAUAGGAGGAAA